GAAUGCUGGGAAGGAGAGUUCGAAGGAGCACCUGGGCGCCUCGGUGCUGGACAAGCUGCCGUUCCUCCGUUGCGAGGACGACGACGACGAGGACGACAGCGACGAGGACGAUGACUUUCAGGGCGUGGCCGCCGACUGCAUCGACGGGCCGCGUAAGAGCCGGAAGGCCCGGGUGAAGCUGGGAGCGGAGCCCAUCACGGCAGACCUAGACCCAGAGGAUGAAGAGGAUGAAGAUGACUCGGAGGACGCCCUGGGAGAGUUUGACUUCCUGGGGUCGGGCGAGGAGGGUGAGGGAGCAGGAGAGGCACGCAUAUCUGGAGACGGUCGGGAGUUAGAGAACCGCAGGAACAAGCUUCAGGGCAUCAUCUCAGAUUUCCCACCCAAACCUUCUCCACCCCCCUCAGUCCCAGGACAGUCUCGUGCAACUGAAGGGGGCGCUUUGGGCUUCUCCUCGGAUGUCUUCAUCCUGGAUGCGGUCGCGGGUGGGGAUAUGAACCUGGGUGAACUCGCUGACCUCACCGUCGCCAACGACAAUGACCUCACCAUCGACCUGCAGGACUGCCGCGAGGAGUUCAAGAAGACGUGGAACCCGCGCUUCACGCUGCGCAGCCACUUCGACGCCAUCCGGGCUUUGACCUUCCACCCCAGCCAGGCCGUCCUGCUGUCGGCUUCCGAGGACGGAACGCUGAAGCUGUGGAACCUCAACAAGGCCAUGCACUCCAAAAAAAAUGCAGCACUGGAUGUUGAACCCAUCUACACCUUCAGAGCCCACAGUGGGGCGGUGCUGUCUCUGACUAUGGGGCAGAAUGGCGAGUCGUGUUACAGUGGUGGCCUGGAUGGCACCGUGCGCUGCUGGAAGAUCCCUGACCUCAAUGUCGACCCGUACGACAACUACGACCCAGGGAUAGAGUGUAGCGUGCUGGAAGGACACGAGGAUGCCGUGUGGGGCCUGACUUUCUCCAGCGUGCUCCAGCGUUUGGCUUCCUGCUCUGCUGAUGGAACAGUGCGCAUUUGGGACCCCCAGAACUCUAGCCCCUGCCUGUCUGUGUUCAACAAGGCAAAAGAGCAUGGGACUCCGACCUCUGUGGCCUUCGUGAACUCCGACCCCUCCCAGGUGGUGGUGUCUUUCGACCGCGGUGAGACGCUGCUAUAUGACCUCAACACGGAGCAGAGCAUCAUGGUCCUGGAGACGCACACUAAGGACGGUACGUAUGAGAGGGCUGUUCCUCUGCACUGGAAUGUUCCUCUGCCUCGCUCUCUUCGUGCCUGGAAAGGGGGACACCACUCAGGUUCAUGUGGUGUCGGUCAUUUUGUGAUGAAAUAAAUCUUUUGGCUUACGCUGCCAGCCCCUGGAGGACGGGCUCCCCCUCUGAGCCUGGUUAGGGUUAGG